CAUCGUAUAAUAGAUGGAGUUGGUGUCGUAAUUGAUUGAUAAAAAGCGCACAAGUGUGUUAAUGGCGCUAGUAUCGUGAUAGCAGCUGAUCCGCGUAAAUCGUGCGCUGUAGUUUUGCUCGUGGUAGAUCUCGCAUUGUGCAGUAGUAUGCAGUCGUCGGCGCGCUUAGGUUGACGGACGUUGCGUAGGGAAUAAGUGUAAAAUUAUCUGUUUAUCAAAGAUAGAAUAACAUAUCUUAAUAAGUCGUCCGUUCUAUUCCACUCUAGACGGAGACAAGGGAAAUACUUUUGACUACUGGGCGUGAGAGUGUAUAUUCGUGUGUGCUUAGUGUGUCCUGCGUGGUAUUCUUUGGGUCGUGUAUGUGUGUAUGAAUGAUCGCGCGCGAGUAGAUGCAUGCGUGCGUGCAUAUUCAUUUGUGAGUGAAUCUGAUUCUCGUAGAAAUAAAAAGAGAAACGAUAAUAACGAGAGGGAGGAGAUGGCAGAGUAGGUGAAGGAGAAGGAGGAGGAAGGAAGGGAAGAUUUACAAAGAAGAAGAAGAAGAAGAAGAAGAAGGAGAAAAAUAAGAAGAAGAAUAAGAAGAAAAAAUAGAGGGAAAAAGUAGUGAAAGGUCAGGCGGAUAGGAAGGCGCAUUCUCGUCGUAGAAAAACGAGUGCGAUGAGCUAGUAAGAGCUAUUCCAGGAGGGCAGCUGGAGGGCAGCGAGUAGUAGCGGAGCGAAUCUUAUUCGCUUUUGGAUAGAGAAGGUCAAAGGAGAAGGUGGAGGAGGAGGGGGCAGGAAAGGGCGGCAGGAAAAGGCGGCAUGUCGUUGCUGUCGAGUCGUGCCGGCCGAAAAGGGCCCAUUCUCUGCUUCAUUGCGCUGCUCUUCGUUUUCGCUCUCUAUCAGCUGGGUAUCAUUUGCGGCACCGAUAAGAACGGACCUGCCGUCACGAUGCUCGCGAAAGAGAAAUACGUUAUUGGACCAUUCGACCAUAAAACCUACACCUACGAUCGAUACAUGCCGCUUAUUUUCAUCGGAGGCGUGCCGAGAUCAGGCACGACCUUGAUGCGCGCCAUGCUCGAUGCGCAUCCCGACGUGAGGUGCGGUCAAGAGACCAGAGUUAUACCGCGGAUUCUGCAAAUGAAGAUGCACUGGUCCAAAUCCGAGAGAGAAAAUCUACGGCUCACGGAAGCUGGUAUCUCUAAAGAUGUGAUAGACAGCGCAAUAGCGGCGUUUUGUUUGGAGAUAAUAGCUCGUCACGCGGAACCAGCUGCUAGAUUAUGCAACAAAGACCCCUUAACCCUGAAAAUGGGCUCCUACAUGCUCGAGCUUUUCCCUAACGCCAAGUUUAUUUUUAUGGUACGAGAUGGUCGAGCCACCGUUCACUCCAUUAUCUCGAGAAAGGUCACCAUCACCGGGUUCGAUCUGACGUCUUAUCGUCAAUCAUUGAUCAGAUGGAAUCACGCUAUUUCCGCAAUGUAUGGACAAUGUCGGGAGGUUGGAUCGGAGAGAUGUUUGAUGGUACCUUACGAACAACUGGUUUUACAUCCGAGGCAAUGGAUGAAAAAGAUUUUACAUUUUUUGGACGUGCCUUGGAACGAAUCGGUUAUGCAUCACGAGGAAUUUAUUAACAAACCUGGCGGCGUGCCUCUGAGCAAGGUCGAGAGAUCGUCGGAUCAGAUAAUAAAGCCGGUUAAUCUAGAAGCUUUGACCAAAUGGGUGGGCAACAUUCCUGAUGAUGUAGUCAGGGAAAUGCCAGACAUUGCGCCGAUGCUUUCCGUUCUCGGUUAUGAUCCUUAUGCCAAUCCACCCGUUUACGGUGCCCCCGACAGUCUAGUUAGCGACAAUACCAGACGGGUGCUAGCCGACGGAGAAGUUUGGGCUAAGAAAGCUCGUCAAUUCGAUCUACGAGUUAAACCAAUUGGAUUGAGUAACGAGGACGAUACUACCAACGCUCCUCCUCCACCAAAUGCGUGACCAAGGAUGAUCGACGAGCAACCUUCUUUAGGCACGCUUUAUUCCAAUCCGUACGAUUUACCGUCAUAGUAUAACGGAAAUGCAAAACGUACCACGCGAAUACCCGAUGCGGCUCGUCCCAUUUUUUCUCUCUCUCUCUCUCUCUCUCUCUCUCUCUCUCUCUCUCUCUCUCUCUCUCUCUCUCUUACACACAUUCUCUCUAUUCUCUUUCAUCCUCGCAACUCCCGCGCAGUGCGCCCGGAGACGCGCAAACUCUCUCACCCACCACCUAAACCAAGGGAAAAUCGAAUCCGCGGAAUUCACUGUAAUCUCUCGCGACGACGACCUCUUUUCGAAAUAACAAUUAUGAUAAUUUUGUUUAUCGCUUUCCGAAUAUUUUAUUUGUCAUUCAUUUCCUCUUUAUUUCAUUAUCAUUCGUUCAACCGAGUCGCAUCGUUUCCAAACUUAUACAUCAACCCCAUUCGAAUUUCAUUCAAUUUAAAUUAUAUUUUUUAUUCUUUUUAGACAAGUAAGAGAACGAAAAAAAAAGGUAAUGAUUAAU